AUGGCUAUCCGGGUAGAUGCUGUUCUUCGUCGACGUUUACAUUCUAAUACCCUGAAAUUGGAAGAUUUGAAGUGGCAACGAGAGGAGGCAACCCGUGACCUCAAAUCCCUACAAGAAGAGCAAACGUAUUCAGAGCAGAACCUUCUAGAAGUAAUGGAUCAAGAGAGGGUUGUAGCAGCUAGAUUGUCUGAUCGUGCAAAGAAACCGAGCCGUGAACUUAUAAAGGACGAAGUGAAUAGGAAAUUGAGAAAUGAAUUGGGUCAAAUAAGACGAUUUGCUAAAGAACUCACAAACAAUAUCGAAAGAAUUUUGUAA